AUGGAACCACUCAUCACCUCCACCUCCGCCGCCGUCACCACCACUCCGCCAACCUACCGUGGUGUUCGCAUGCGAAAGUGGGGCAAAUGGGUGUCCGAAGUCCGGGAGCCCGGCAAGAAGACCCGGAUAUGGUUAGGGAGCUAUGACACGCCAGAGAUGGCUGCAGCUGCAUACGAUGUCGCAGCUUUACAUUUUCGUGGCCAAGCCGCACGGCUCAACUUCCCGGAGCUCAUCGGCAGCCUGCCCCGGCCGGCAAGCUCCCGAGCUGAGGAUGUGCGGUUGGCAGCACAGCAAGCAGCAUUGAACCUAGAGAGAGUGGUGAUCAGAGGGCCGUCGGAGGCAAGCCACGGCACUACGUCUACAGUGGAGGCGGCGCCAGUGACGGUGGGGCUAUCGCCGAGCCAAAUUCAGGCUAUAAAUGAGUCGCCAUUGGAUUCACCAAAGAUGUGGAUGCAGAUGGCUGCUGAAGCUGCUCCUUUGCUAGGAUUUGAUGUAUUACCGUCUAAUGAUGAGGACGACGGCCAAGAAGCAUUAAGGUUGAGUGAACCAGAAGAAACGCAGCAUUAUGAAUCAAUAUGGGAAUUUUAA